GUCUCUCUCCGGUCGAAUAGUGGGAGGAGUUUGGUGGUUUUUCACCCUCAUCAUCAUCUCGUCCUACACAGCCAACCUGGCAGCCUUCCUCACUGUGGAAAGGAUGGUUUCUCCCAUAGAGAGUGCAGAAGACCUGGCCAAGCAGACUGAGAUCGCCUAUGGUACUCUGGAUGGUGGCUCCACCAAAGAGUUCUUCAAGCUCUCAAAGAUCGCCGUGUUUGAGAAGAUGUGGUCGUACAUGCGCAGCGCCGAGCCGUCGGUGUUCGUGAAGAACACCAACGAGGGCGUGAUGCGAGUCAGGAAGUCGAAGGGGAAGUACGCCUACCUGCUGGAGUCCUCCAUGAACGAGUACAUCGAGCAGAGGAAACCCUGCGACACCAUGAAGGUGGGAGGAAACCUGGACUCUAAAGGCUACGGAGUGGCCACGCCCAAAGGCUCCCCCCUCAGACUGUCUGAGCUGUCGGCCUGUUGACGUGUCUCUUGUCUUCUGUAAAGACUGUCUCUCUGCUGCCUGUCUGUCUCUCUGCCUGUCUGUCUCUCUGCUGCC